AGUUUAAUCUCCAAAGGAAAUGUAUAAGAAGAUCAAGAUCAAUUACCAGCAAUAUUAAAAUAAUUCCAGAUACAUAUAAAAGUUCUCGCAUAUCAUCGGAAUCACAAUUAAGUGAAUUAGAUGAAUUAGAUGAAUUGAAUGAAUUGAAUGAAUUCAAUACAAUAAUCUCAUAUCCGAAUAGAUAUCACUACUUUCCAAAAGCAAUGGUUGUAGUGGUAGAAUCACUUGCAGUUCACAAGGUUCCCGAAUUAUCAAAAAAACGUUGGGGUUACGUUAAUGUACCUUCAUCUAACACUAAUUCGGAAGAAUCAAAUAUUGAUAAUAUUGAUCAAGAAGAUUCUAUAACAAGUGAACAAAAAAAGAAAAUGAAACGAUGGGGUUUUGUAGCUCCGAUAGUUGGCAUACCAAAAAAUUUUCCUAUAUUUGAUUCAAAUCCAUCACCAAUAAAACGAAGGUUUUAUUAUUACAUAUGAAAAACAUUUAAGUUUUAAAUGUAUUUUUUAUUUAUUUUAAUGUAAUUUUUUUUUUUU